UAAAGCACAUGGAGUAUUUGGACUUGAGCGGAAAUUGGUUUAGUGGCCAUCUACCCAAAGAAUUAUUUGGUCUCCAAAAUUUGAGGCAUCUAGAUCUCUCUACGAACAAUUUCAUUGGCCACCUACCCAAAGAAUUAUCUGGUCUCGAAAAUUUGAGGCAUCUAGAUCUCUCUUGGAACUAUUUUGAAGGUGAGAUUCCUAUGGAUGUUGGCUCCUUGCACACCUUGACUCACCUCAAUUUGGCUUGGAAUGAAGUGUUUAGCUCUAGUUUAAGGUGGGUGGAGAAGCUGCAAGAGCUGAGAUAUUUGUCUCUUGAAGGUGUAGUGUUGAAUAAGACAACUUGGAAUUUGGAAGCAACCAUUUCUCAUCUCCAUCAUCUCCAUUACCUAAACCUUGCCAAUUGCUAUCUAUCAGGGCACAUCCCCAGUGCCAUCCAAAACCUCACCUCCCUCUCCCAUCUUAUUUUAGAUGAUAAUGACCUUAGUUCUAUAGUGCCUUCAUGGUUGGGAAAUAUGCCUCAUUUGCAAGAGCUUAGUUUGUCUGGAAACCCAUCAUUGAGCGGAGAUGUAGGUCAGAUGUUAUGUUGUGAAUGGCCACAAUUGACCAAAUUUGAUUUGAGCAUUACCAAUAUAUCAGGUACUAUUCCACCUUGCAUUGGAAAUAUUUCUACCCUCCUCCAUAUUGAUAUGAGUAAAGUUGAGGAUUACGUUGUUAGUGGAAAUGUGGAAGGAAUUAUUCCUUCUUCCCUUGGCAACAUCUCUAGUCUUCAGACACUAAAUCUUGGAGGAAACUCAUUGAGUGCAGAGAUCCCACCCUCACUUGGUCAACUUUCAUCUUUGAUUUAUCUAGAUCUCUCCCACAAUAAAAUCGAUGGUCAAAUACCUUCCUCAUUGGGUAACGUUUCAUCCUUGAGAGGUAUUUAUCUUGAUGAUAAUCAACUAAAUGGUACAAUUCCCACUUGUCUUGCACUUCUCCCUCAUGUGGAAAAUUUUGAUCUCUCCUCCAACAAUUUGCAAGGUAAUUUUUCUCUUGAUUCUUUCAUAAGUACUAGUAACUACCUUCAACUUUAUCUUUCUAAUAAUAAAUUGACUAUCCAAGUUGACCCAAACUGGAUACCUCCAUUUUCCCUAAAAAUUUUAGCAUUAUCUUCUUGUAAUAUUGAAGGUAUCCUACCUCCAUUCCUUUCAACACAAUAUCAAUUAUAUUAUUUGGAUCUCUCCCAAAAUAAUCUAUGGGGAACCAUUCCGCCUUGGCUAGGAGAUUUACCUAGUCUACAAAGUUUAAAUCUAUCAUAUAAUAAUUUACAAGGUCCACUACCCCUUACCAUCUACAUGUAUUCAUUCAGAUAUUUAGAUCUACAUAACAAUCAAUUGAAUGGUUGUCUUCCAAUUCCUUCAGGAUCUUCCUCAUAUGUUCAUCUAUUGGAUCUAUCAGAAAAUGGUUUUACAGGUGUUAUCCCAGUGCAAAUUGGCAAGAUUUUACAAGGCAUUAGAUUCUUGUCAUUUUCAUCAAAUUAUCUAAGUGGUGGAAUUCCUUCCACCAUUGGUCUUUUGCAAUAUCUAGAAGUUCUAGACCUAUCAAAGAAUAGAUUAUCUGGUAAAAUACCAUUGAGACUGACUAAUUGCUCUUCUUUGACAAGACUGAACUUGGGAAAGAAUAAUUUGAUGGGGGAGAUUCCAGCUCAGAUAGGAAUGUUAAGCUAUCUUGUGGCACUACAACUGAAUGGAAAUAUGCUUAAGGGAAACUUGCCAUCUAGUCUUCAGAAUUGCUCCAGCUUGCAGAUUUUAGAUGUGGGUGAUAAUUUAUUAGUGGGAAAUAUACCCCUUUGGCUAUCAAAAUUCACCGAGUUGAUGAUACUUAUUUUAAGGUCAAAUAAACUCCAAGGGAACAUUCCAAACCAAUUAAGCAAUCUUUCAAAAUUGCAUGUGCUAGAUAUUUCAUAUAAUUAUUUGACUGGGGCCAUCCCACCACAGUUGGCAAAUUUAACAGCAAUGAUGGAUCCACAUCCACAAGUAAAAAGCUCAAAUGCUAGUGAUUAUUCCUAUUAUUACAAAGAAGAGAUCCAAGUUAUCAACAAAGGAUUAGAAUUGAUGUAUUAUAAUUCUAUUUUGUUACUUAUAACUUGCAUUGAUCUAUCUGCAAAUCAAUUAUCAGGUGGCAUUCCUUCAGAAAUUGGAAAUCUUAAAGGUAUACACACUUUGAACUUCUCAAGGAACAAUCUUACAGGAAAUAUUCCAAUCACUUUUGGAAUGCUAGAGCAGUUAGAAUCAUUGGAUCUUUCAAACAACAAAUUGCAUGGAAGCAUUCCAAAUGACAUGCUAAAAGUUUCUAGCCUAAGCACUUUUAUUGUAUCUAACAACAUGUUUUGUGGAAGCAUCCCAAGAGGGGGUCAGUUUGCAACUUUCUCUGCCACCUAUUUCUCUAAGAAUCCUAAUCUUUGUGGAUUCCCAGUUGAUAAUAUGACAUGUAAAUGUGGAGAUAAUAAAAAAUCUAGCAUGAUUUAUCUUCCAGAACAAGAGACUCAAGGAGAAGGAGAAAUUCCAUGGCAUUGGUAUGUCGAGUGGAUGACAAGUUUUGCUGUUGGAUUUUGGGGGGUGUUUGGAAUCUUGAUUGCCAAAAGGUAUUGGAGAAGAAGAUUCAUCCAAAUCUUAGAUGAAUUUGCCAUUAUUUUUGUAGAUAUAUUAAGUUGUACUUGAUAGGCAAAUAUAAUUUGUACAAAUAUAAUUUUGUCUAUGGAAAUGUAUCGAUUUCCUCAGUCACAAUUUUAUGAAGCAUGCAAAUUAGAGUUGA